UUUACACUCAUUCAUUAUUAACUCAACUAGAAGUUUACGGACAGCUGUGCUUCGCGGGUCUCGUUUGGAUCUCAGUGUUGAGAGAUGUCUGCGGUUAUUAGGAAGAUCAUUCACACUGCAGCUGCUCCAGCCGCCAUCGGGCCCUACAGCCAGGCUGUUUUGGUGGACCGUACAAUGUACAUCUCAGGACAGAUCGGCAUGGAUGUUAGUGGACAGUUGGUGGCGGGAGGAGUGCAGGCUCAAGCCAAGCAGGCACUCCUUAACAUGGGGGAGAUUCUGAAAGCUGCUGAAUGUGGAUAUGAAAAUGUUGUCAAAACCACUGUGCUGUUAACAGACAUUAAUGACUUCAAUAACGUCAAUGAUGUUUACAAGCAGUUUUUCAAGAGCAGUUUCCCAGCUAGAGCUGCCUAUCAAGUAGCUGCCCUGCCCAGAGGAGGACUUGUUGAGAUUGAAGCGGUCGCUGUGUUGGGACCCAUCACAGAUGCCCCCUGACUAUAUGACCCCGGCAUGCAUCACACAUUGUAAAUACAGUUAUAUGGAGACAAACCGCAUCCCAUAUUACAAAAUCAAUCAAACUUUUAACCUCCCAAGUCACCAACAGAAAAAAAAACACUCUUUUUCUGUUGCCCAUUUUGCUAAUAUAAAUAUGCUAUCGAGAGUUCAGUUCAAAGCCCAGUUCAAUUCAACUUUA